UUCACAAGCAGUCUGAAGUUCAAAGUAUGAAGACAGUUUGUGAAAUUACGCCAGUUGAAUUUCCAGCAAUUUUUACUGUUUAAAGGGCAGAUCGGUACUUCUGUCUACACCGUAUUUGCAAAAAUUAGGUGAUUGCAUUUUGUCAGCCAUUGUGCAUAUAUCUUGUUCAUUAGACAAUUUAACUUUUAGUGACGGCUCAAGCAGAUGAGGCUGCUUGUCCACCCUCUACUGCUCUGGGGUAGAAUUAGUAGAAGGCAGCUAACGCACGUUGGAAGGCGGGGACUGGCAAGCAGAGACACGAUGCGCCUGGUGCAGUUCUGCCACCUUAACAAGGAGCGCGAAGUGAGAGUUGGCGUGGAUUUGGGUCAAGGUAUCGUGGACCUCAAGAGCUUUGACUCCUCCGUGCCCUCCACCAUGAGAGAAUUCCUGGAGACAGGACACAGGGGCAUGGAGUGUGCACAAAGAGCGCUUUCCAGUGGCCUCUGCAUGGUCCCUUCAUCUGAGGUGGGCUUGCUUUCUCCAGUCACGGGUCCAGAGAAGGUCGUGUGCGUGGGCAUGAACUACCGAGACCACUGCCUGGAGCAGAACGCCCCCAUUCCCAAGGAACCCAUCAUCUUCAGCAAGUUCCCCAGUGCCAUCACCGGCCCAUUCGACGACAUCUUGCUGCCUGAUAAGAGCAAGGAGGUGGACUGGGAGGUAGAGUUGGCCUUCGUAAUAGGCCGGAGAGGCAAGCACAUCAAGGAAGAGGAAGCUCUCUCGUAUGUUGCUGGUUUCACAGUGGCCAAUGACGUUAGUGCACGUGACUGGCAGAUGCACCGCAAUGGGAAACAGUGGCUGCUGGGAAAAACCUUCGACAGCUUCUGUCCGCUGGGCCCUGCCCUCGUCACCACAGCAGCACUGAAAGACCCUCAUAACCUGGGAAUCCGCUGCCGUGUCAAUGGGAGUGUGGUGCAGGAGAGCAACACCGAUCAAAUGAUCUUCAGGACCGAGAAGCUUGUGGCUUGGGUCUCUCAGUUUGUGACACUGUGUCCCGGGGAUGUGUUUCUGACUGGGACCCCUCCUGGAGUAGGGCUUUUCAGGAACCCCCCCGUCUUCCUCAAGAAAGGGGAUGUGGUAGAAUGCGAGAUCGACAACAUUGGAGCCAUUCGCAACACAGUCAUCUGAACUGGGACCCAUAGAAAAUGUUUGACAUUGAAGUUUAAAUUUGUAACGCAAAACUAUAAUUCCACUUCAGGCAGUUUUCCAACCAUGGAAAGAAGAACAAAGGGUUAAUUUGUAAUCAAUAAAGAAUUAAAUGUACCUAUACUGUAAUGUCGCUAAAGCCUGAGGCAUUUCCAGUAAGGUGUCUGGCAUGGUUGUGAAGGGGGGAUCGUACUGAUAUUAGAACUUUUGUCUGGUUUCCUGCUGGCUUAUUAACAACUGUCAUCUAUUUUUCUUACAAAAAAAUGCCUAAGAACUAGAAUGUCAGAUGGGAAUUUUUCCGUGUAAAUUCUGCCCUGGUGGGCUGAAUAGCAUAUAAACAGUGAUGAGCGAUUCUGAACUAAAAUUGUGUUCCAUGUUCAUAGUUGAUUAAAUGGAAAAAUUCAGCUCAAACGCCA